AUGUCUGACUCUCUCUGGACAGUGCUGUCUAAUUUUUCUAUGCCGUACUUUCUUGACAGCAGCAUGUUCCGACGGUCCAAAAGUUGUCGAACCAGCAACAGGAAAAGCUUGAUUCUGACGAGCACUUCACCAACUCUCCCACGACCUCAUUCACCACUUCCGGGCCACCUAGGCAGCAGCCCCUUGGACAGUCCUCGGAACUUCUCUCCCAACGCCCCGGCGCACUUUUCAUUCGUGACUUCUCGAAGGGCAGAUGGACGUCGAUGGUCCCUCGCCUCACUGCCAUCCUCGGGGUAUGGGACUAACACUCCCAGCUCCACUGUGUCUUCAUCAUGCUCGUCACAGGAGAAACUUCACCAGUUGCCCUUCCAGCCCACAGUGGAUGAGCUGCAUUUCCUGUCCAAACACUUUGGCAGCACCGAGAGUAUCACUGAUGAUGACGGGGGCCGACGCUCACCAGCAGUGCGCCCGCGCUCUCGGAGCCUCAGCCCUGGCCGCUCUCCUUCCUGCUAUGACAAUGAAAUAGUGAUGAUGAACCAUGUCUACAAAGAAAGGUUCCCAAAGGCCACUGCGCAGAUGGAGGAGAGGCUACAGGAGUUCUUCACAGUCAACGCUCCAGAGAAUGUACUCCCCUUGGCUGAUGGGGUCCUCAGCUUCAUCCACCACCAGAUUAUCGAGAUGUCCAGGGACUGCCUGGAUAAGUCACAUGAAGGGCUCAUCACUUCACGGUACUUCUACGAGCUGCAGGAGAGCCUGGAGAAGCUGCUGCAGGAUGCACAUGAACGGUCCGAGAGUUCAGAGGUCGCUUUUGUGACACAGCUGGUGAAGAAGCUCCUGAUCAUCAUUGCACGGCCGGCGCGGUUACUAGAGUGCCUGGAGUUCAAUCCAGAGGAAUUUUACCAUCUACUGGAAGCAGCUGAAGACCACGCGAAGGAGGGCCAUGGGGUUAAAAUUGACAUCCCGCGUUACAUCAUCAGCCAACUGGGACUCACCCGCGACCCCCUGGAAGAAAUGGCCCAUCUGGACACCUACGACAGUCCAAGCCUCAAUGCCCAAGAACUGGUCGACUUGAUAGAUGACCGUGGAACUUCUGGUAAGCCCACAAAGGCACCAUCUGAAGAAGACUUUGACACCAUUAAACUAAUAAGCAAUGGGGCAUACGGUGCUGUUUACUUGGUGAGGCACAGAGAGACAAGGCAGCGAUUUGCCAUGAAGAAGAUAAACAAACAGAACCUGAUUCUCCGAAACCAGAUUCAGCAGGCGUUUGUGGAGCGUGACAUCCUCACCUUUGCAGAGAAUCCAUUCGUUGUCAGUAUGUUCUGCUCCUUUGAGACCAGGCGACAUCUCUGCAUGGUAAUGGAGUAUGUCGAAGGAGGUGACUGUGCAACAUUACUGAAGAACAUUGGGGCAUUGCCAGUGGACUUGGCCCAGAUGUAUUUUGCUGAAACUGUCCUGGCUUUGGAAUAUCUACAUAAUUAUGGCAUCGUCCAUCGGGAUCUAAAGCCAGACAAUCUCUUGAUAACAUCGAUGGGUCACAUUAAGUUAACAGACUUCGGCCUCUCAAAGAUUGGUCUCAUGAGCCUCACCACAAACCUCUAUGAAGGUCACAUUGAAAAGGAUGCCCGGGAGUUCCUAGACAAGCAGGUUUGUGGAACUCCUGAGUACAUUGCCCCCGAGGUAAUCGUGCGACAGGGAUAUGGGAAGCCAGUCGACUGGUGGGCAAUGGGCAUUAUACUAUAUGAAUUCCUGGUGGGGUGCGUCCCCUUCUUUGGUGACACUCCUGAGGAAUUGUUUGGCCAAGUCAUCAGUGAUGAUAUUAUGUGGCCUGAUGGUGAUGAGGCUCUCCCAGCGGAUGCUCAACACCUCAUUUCCAGCCUCCUGCAGCCAAACCCAUUGGACAGGCUGGGGACAGGAGGCACCUAUGAAGUUAAGCAACAUGGUUUCUUCAAAGACCUGGACUGGAACAGCUUGCUGCGCCAGAAGGCGGAAUUCAUUCCCCAUCUGGAGUCAGAAGAAGACACCAGUUACUUUGACACCCGCUCUGAUCGAUAUCACCAUGUCAAUUCUUAUGACGAGGAUGACACCAACGAAGAUGAGCCAGUGGAAAUUCGACGGUUUUCCUCCUGCUCACCUCGAUUUAUUAAGGUUUACAGCAGUAUGGAACGUCUCACGCAGCAUGAGGAGCAGAAAGCCCCAGUGGUCACCCGACGCAACCUAAACAAGCAUAAGGAGGAAAAGAGUGAGAAGAUGGAGGGCCUGAGCUCCAUCGGCACCCGGGACAAGAGCUGGAGGACAAGCUCACCAGAGAUGAAGCGCCUCUCCGCCUCCGAGUCCUCUUACGGUGAGAGUGACUCCAGCCCGCCUCUCACCGUCCGUCGCAGGUUCUCCGCGCUCAUGGACACUCACAAGUUUGCCACGCCUCUCGAGGAUGACACGGAGGUGACGCACAAACACCAGGAAGUGCAGACGGUGACGCCAGUCCAGGAUCAGGCCAGCCAGUCAGAGCCACGGCAGAGAGAUACAGAAGGACAGAGUGCCGUCACUGCGGGAAAUACCGGUAACAGUCCGACAUUCCCAGCUGGUAGGCCGGUGAGGUUAAGUGAGUCCCUAAGUACCGUUUCCAAGGAAACGGAUUCCUCUUCUACAAAGGCAACAAGUGACCUGGCGGUCCGCAGAGCGCGACACCAGCAACUGUCUGGGGACUCAGCCGAGAAGCGCGCCUCCCGGCCUGUGAACAAGGUCAUCAAGUCAGCAUCAGCCACUGCCCUCUCAGUCAUGAUCCCUGCAGAUCAGCACACCAGUUCACCUCUCGCCAGCCCCAUGUCGCCGCGAUCGCUGUCGUCUAAUCCGUCCUCACGGGACUCCUCGCCCAGCCGGGACUUCUCACCUGCAGUCACGAGCCUGAGGUCACCAAUCACCAUACUCCGCUCAGGAAAGAAGUACGGCUUCACACUUCGUGCCAUCCGGGUCUACAUGGGAGACAGCGACGUGUAUAGUGUCCACCACAUGGUCUGGCAUGUAGAAGAUGGAGGACCUUCUCACGAGGCUGGACUUUGUGCUGGUGACCUUAUAACCCAUGUUAAUGGCGAGCCUGUCCAUGGACUAGUCCAUACAGAAGUUGUGGAACUCAUACUUAAGAGCGGAAACAAAGUGACUGUAACCACGACACCAUUUGAGAACACUUCCAUCAAGAUCGGGCCAGCCAGGAGAUCCAGCUACAAAGCCAAAAUGGCGAGGAGGAAUAAGAAAAGCACAGGAAAGGAAGGACAGGAGAGUGGUAAGAAGCGAAGCUCUUUGUUUCGAAAGAUAACCAAACAGUCCAACCUGCUGCACACGAGCCGCAGUCUCUCGUCCUUGAACCGCUCACUCUCAUCCAGCGACAGUUUACCUGGCUCGCCCACACACAGUCUCUCCGCUCGUUCACCCACGCAGAGCUACAGACCAACGCCAGACUCUGGCUAUUUAGGAGGGGGAAACUCAUCUCAAAGUAGCUCUCCUGGCUCAAGUGUACCAAAUUCCCCGGCCACCCCACAUCACAUCCGGCCCAGCAGCCUUCACGGUCUGUCCCCAAAGCUCCAACGCCAGUACAGAUCAGCACGGUGCAAGUCGGCAGGAAACAUCCCAUUGUCCCCUCUAGCUCAUACUCCAUCACCAACUCACCCUUCUCCUCAGCAUCCUUCCUUCCCUCUGCCUGCCCACACUGUGGGCAGCUCCAACACAACCCAGACCUUCCACAUCAAGUUACACUCAUCGCCCCCGGUGGUGAGACCACGACCCAAGAGUGCAGAGCCACCCAGGUCUCCUUUACUCAAGAGGGUGCAGUCUGCGGAGAAACUAUCUGUCCCACUCUCUUCUGAGAAGAAGCUGGCAAUUCGCAAGCACAGUCUUGAGGCAUCCCAUUCAGACUUCCGGAAAGAGGGCCUUCAUACUGAUACUAGUCUUCAGAGCCUGAUGGAAUUGGAGGGAGAAGUCCUGGGAUCAAAGGCUGAUGGCAGUGAAGUGGGGACUUUCCGACAGAUGGCCGUAAGGAAACUGGGUAGACAGGAAUCUCCGCUAAUUGAUAGAGAUAUAUUCUCAACAAUCAGGCAAGAAAGGGGAGAAGGACUCGACCCAGUUCAGGAAUUAGAAGUUAAGAUCAGUGAUCAUGAGGAAAAGCCAAUGGAAGGGGUCAAUGUAGAUCAAGAAGAAGCAACAAGAACCUGUUCUACAUUUACCUCUCACUGUAGCUCUGGUGGGGCUAAUGAUGUUACCAAAAAUCUGGCUGAAGACCAAGGAAGAAAUGGUUCUCUUUCUUCAUCAUUGAAGCAGUCAAGUGGAAAGACUGUUGCAUCAAAGCCCCAGAUCUCUGAUCCAUCUUCAGAAACAGGAGCAGCCAAAAAAUCUAUGUCCUCGGAUCAAAGCAUAGAUAAGGAUGCACCUUUUGGCACCAUAAGAGGAAAGACUGGUGCACCUUCUUCCUCUGUUUCAACAACACGCAUGGACAAGUGUUCUGGAUUAUCACAAAUCUCAAGACCUGAUACUUUACCAACGCCUUCCAAAUUGAAAAUGUCUCCAGGACCCAUAGCAACCAGCCUUAAUGUCAAUGUUACACAAUCAGUCCAAAUAAGCUGCAUUUUAGAACCUCUAGAGAAAAAUCACCUUAUGGAACCCAAGAAGACAAGCUCCAUUGAUCCUGCAAACAGGAGACACCAAGGAGUGCAAACUGAGCCAUUAGGAUCUGACUCCCAGAGCCAGGAAGGUACCUGCAAUCUAACGCCACACAACGGCACCGUGAAGUUGCCAGAUCAGAGGUCAGGACCAAGAGUUGCAUCUCCAGUGGCUAGCUCCCAGCCAGGCCCUAAGGAGAAGGGGAAAGCAAUAGAAAUGCCCGCCAAGCUCGAACCAACAAAGCCUGCAGGAAGCGGUGAUGGAAAAGAUAGCCACAAGAAGAGCAUGGCGUGUGAGACCAAAGAUAAUAUUGAAGAUAAUGUUGAAGAGCCAUGCAAAAGUGAGAAGAAGAAUAUCAGCACUCAUGAGGUUUUGCCUCAGGAUUGCCUCCUGUAUCCAGCCAAAAGACCUGACGCUGUAGAUAAAAGUGCCCCAGUUAAUUGUUACAAAGGAGCUUUUGAGACAUCUUUAGAGGGUAAAGGAGUCCUGGAAAUUAAAAUAAAGAAGCCACCCACCUCUACAGCGUACGGAUCUGGGCAAGGAUCUCCAGCAGUAGUGUCAUCAUGCACAGACAAGCCGGGCUUUGUCAACCACUUAGCCACAGUGGCAAAGAGUGUAUUGGGGCCAGUGAAAAUGGCCAUCCCUGUGGUACCUGUCACAGUGGAAAGACGGAAGGCAGGGGACAUCGCAAAGACGCUUGCUGAGCAACAAGGGAACUCCACAUCCCUGUUGGGACCGGUCACUAAGCCAGUAUCCAUGGCAACUUCACAAGACACAGCCAGUGUGGCUCUUCUCGAAAAGAAAGAAAUAAAUCAUCAGACGCUUUAGCAAGGGUUGUGUGUAAAGAGACCUGCAAAUAACAAGACGAGUGAAGCAGUGAGGAACCAUUUAAAAAUUAGACUGUUCAUGACGCAAGAAUCAAACCAUGCAACUGAGAAAAAUAAACUUAAAAAUCUCA